CAGUAAUUCUCUUUCUAUUACUCCAUAGUAACAUCGAUGAUUACGAUUUCUCCACACACACAAAAUUAUCAUUGUAAUCUUUUUCAAAUCUAAUGGUUUCAUUAAUGAAUUAGAUUAGAGUAAAUAAUUUAAUUAUUAUUCAUUCAAACUACUAUAGGGUAAAAAAAUCCCCAAAUUGGAGGCAACGCAAAUUUCGCAGAAAACACCACACAGCAGCAACAACAUCAGUGGCCCAGUAGCUUUUUCGGAACCCACACACACAACACUCACUACUUUGCAUCGUAAAAGCUCGUAUCGAAUCUUGUCCCACACACUUUCUCUGCUCUCUUCAGUAACCAGGAGAAGAAGACUGAGAACCACAAUGAGUCUAGCAUGUCUUGUGUGCCAUAGUGUGGAAAAUCCAUCACCAUCUCACUCUUUCAGAAGAUCGGUUUCAAAUUCAGAAAGCGAAGGAAGAUGUUACGCUAUUACAAACUGCUUAACAAGGAAAUUACAUGUUCACCCCCCUACAAUACACUCUUUCGCAGCACCAUCAUCUUCCAAAGUCACCCCUCAACCUACUAUCUCAAGUAACGGGGAGAUAACCGGUCCUCCACGGCUUGUAAGAAGUCGUGCUGUGAGAAGAGACAUAGUACAAGAUUGGAAUUUUGAUGAACUUGUAUCUGCUUAGUCAACAACAUGCUAGAGAAAGGCCAAUGACUCCUCUUAUGCAAUAGUUUCUCUCUUUUAAAAUUUGGGGGAAGUUUCUUGUGACAUAGUUUAGACUUUAGGCAUGACAUGACAUUUACUAUCUUGCUGCCUUAAAUUUUGUUAUGAGUUCAACUGAACUCUCUAGUUUUCCUGUAUACAAACAAACUUAAUGCAUGACAGUGUUUAUGUUUUC